UUUAAAUAUCGUUCACCCCGAUGUGUCACUAUUCUCGUUGCGGUGUGCUACCACAUGGGUUUGUUUGAUUGUUGAUUCGAGUUCUACAGCCUUGUCACUCGUAUCACAAUCAUCCCUUGAUCCCUCUACUGAGCGAUCCGUGUUGCAACACUUGGCGUAUCUUAGCAUGAAAAUGCCAAUGUGUAAACAUCGUAACAGCCACCAGCUGUCAGUUGUGUGUGCUUAAAUAGUUAACUUGCGCGUAACGAACAACGAGAGCGUUGAUUUGCUUUCCACAAACUUGACGCAUGAUGGAUCACCCUACUGCUUUGUUCGUCGACGCUGGCAUCCAGGCAUCUAAGUCAGAGUGGGUCUGGCACCGCAGAUGGACUUUCGUGCGAUUUGUGUUCACUGUAUCACGAUACUUGCCAUUUUUCGGCAUUGGGAUGACAUUCACAGGUGCGCUUCGAACACAGUACUAUCCUGGUGAAAGUUGUGUUAGAUUUGGACAAGCGUCCACCGUGUUGCAUACCAUCUGCAUUCUAGCCGCAGAAGGCUUGCUCAUAACGAGGGUUUACGCUUCCUGGAGGAGUAAGCGUCUACUGACAUUUCUUAUUGUUUUUCCCGUCAUAUGUUUUGUGGUCUCUUAUAUCAUGUCGGACACUUCCUUGGUCUUCAAUUCCAAAAACACGACCUCACUUGAUAUACCGAAUCCGGGCAACUGUCUUUUCGUGGGCGGCAGAAACAACAUUUGUGACUACGCUGUUCUGUUACUGUACGAACUGGUCCUCUUUUGCUUGAUGUUGUACAUCAGAUUCAGCAAGUACGGCAAUGUCGUCGGACUACUCCAAAGAACGUUCUUCAACGACUCGGUGACAUAUAUGAUCUGCAUGAUCAUCGUAUCAUCGUUUAACAUAAUUUUGACCAUGGCUCCUCCGGUCACAUGGAUUGCGAUCACAGACUCUCCGCAAAUUGUCAUCCACAGUGUUCUAGCCUCACGCAUUCUUUUCAACCUACGAGCGAGUGAAGGACAAUCGCAUAUUCACACACUGACGGAUAUAUCUGAGUUGCAGUUUGGAGAAGGUCAAAUUUCAACGGUGGAACAUGGUGUUUAAUCAACUUUAUGUAUGCUCCGAUGUCUGCGGUUGAGGGCAUGUUCCG